AUGGCCACCACGCAAGUCGUCAAGUCUGACGGCCCGUUUCAGGGUCUCCCUACCUAUCCUGAUACUGAAGGGCUCUCGAACUUGACUGCCAUAAUCACCGGUGCAAAUGGCAUGUCUGGAUACCAUAUGGUGCGUGUUCUAGCAGCUGCACCAGAGCGCUGGAGCAAGAUAUACUGUCUAUCUCGUCGACCUCCUCCGAGCAAUUUCUUUGCGGACCUGGGCGAGGGCGCGCAGCGAGUCACGCAUAUUCCGGUGGACUUUCUCGCUGACAGCGCGGAGAUUGCGGACAAACUAAAGAGUGUUAUUGAGAAGGUAGACUAUGUCUGUUUCUUCUCGUACAUGCAGCCGCCCCAAGAAGGGAACAUCCUAGGGAUGUGGUCAGACGCAGCAGAACUAGCCAGGGUAAACGGAACCCUACUAAAAAACUUCAUCGCCGGCCUCCAACAAUCCGGCCUGCAACCAAAACGCUUCCUCCUCCAAACCGGCGCAAAGCACUACGGCUUCCACAUCGGCCCAGCAACGAAUCCCUCGUUCGAAUCCGAUCCCCGAAUCGAUCUAGAAGCGAACUUCUACUACCCGCAGGAAGACGCCCUUUUCGAGUACUGCAAUGCCACCGGUGUCACCUGGAACGUUGUACGUCCAUCUUACAUCAUCGGCGCAGUGCGCGAUAGUGCACUCAACCACAUGGUCGGACUGUCAAUCUACGCAUCUGUCCAGGCACACUUGAAGGAGCCUCUUGCGUUUCCUGGUGACUAUGCGGCGUGGGACCGCGAGUUCUGCCAGAGUACUGCGCUGCUGAAUGGGUAUUUCGAGGAAUGGGCGCUUUUGACUGACGCAGCUGCGAAUGAGGCGUUUAAUAUUCAGGAUGGUCUGCCCUUUACCUGGGGUCGGUUCUGGACGUACCUCGCAGAGUGGUAUGGGACGACAUGGACGCCCCCGGAGACGGACGAGGCGAAGUAUAGGGUUAGCACUUCGAGAUAUGUGGAGACGCCGAGGGGAUAUGGCACCGUUGGAACUACUCGCUCAACAUUCAGUCUCCAGGAAUGGUCUGAACGCCGCGAAGUCCAAGAUGCAUGGAAGGAACUCGCCGCGAAGCACGGGCUGAGUCUGGACCCAUUCACGCCGAAGAACAGGGCACAGAUCUUUGGAAUGACGGAUUCGGCGGUUAUUGGUGGCUGGGCGCUUUCGCUGAGUAUGCGCAAGGCCCGCAGGCUGGGGUUCUUGGGGACUGCGGACUCGUAUGAGAGUGCGUUUAAUACGAUGAGGGAUCUGGCGCGGUUGAAGGUUGUUGUUCCACUUGUUAAGGAGGAGUUUGCUGGAGAUUACUAG